AUGCCAGACGAUAAGCUCGCCAAAGUGGAGGGAGAGAUGGGCGCAGAGGAGCAGCGCAGCGGUGACAUGUCUGAAGGAGAGACAGCAGCAGCCAAACAAUUUUCGCCGCACGCAUUCCACUCAACUUGGGAAGAACUGUAUCAGCGAGACUUGCACAAUGCUGCCGCAAGGAAGGCUUACCAAGCCACAAAGAAGCACGAACGGACAAUUGGAAAAAGGCAAAUGGAAGCCAGGAGGAGCAGUAGGUGCAGCAGCAGCGGGACCAGUGACUGUUCUAGUGACAGUUCCUCAAUAGAUGGGGACGAGUGGUUUGGGCCGGAGUGCGGCAAAAUACUUAGCUGGCUCUUAAACACCUUAAAAACGCCUCACAACCAUCCCCUGAAGCCUUAUUUCCGCCGAGUGCAUGCACUCUGCAACACGGGCUCUUUAGGAGCUGGAGUAUGCAGGGGAGACACAUGUCACUGGUGCAAGGGCGAAGGGCCUUUAAUCUCACAGGAGUUUAAAAGGCUUCCCAUCCUGGACGUAGGAUGCGGCGGCGGUCAGUUCUUGGCGCGUCUCCGUCGUUGUGGCUUUCAACGGUUGGCGGGCGUUGACUAUUCGCACUCUGCUAUUCAGCUGGCCCGUUCGAACCUUUGUGAGAAGGCCGGUAGGACAAGCAGCUAUGGCUUUGCCCACAUAUGUCUGAGACAGGCAGAUUUGAGACAUCUGAGAGCCGACAAAAGAGGGGACGAUCGGGAGGACAGAGACUAUCCGUGCAUUUGCUGCUGCAGCAGGGCACUAAGCUCCCCCAACGUCCCUGCAGAUAGUGGGGAAGAGAGCGGUAGAAAUGACAGGGGCGGUUCGUCCCCGUGCUCAUGUAAACCAGCAACAAGAUUGCCACCAUUUCCUGUUGUGUUCGACAAAGGAACCUUUGACGUCUUCUGGCUCAUGCGCACCCCUGAGCUGUACGUGCAGUGCAUGCACAGGCUUAUGCCACAGUACAGUAUUUUGUUUUUAACUUCUUGCAACUGCACCAUCGAGGACCUGGAUUCUUUAUUUUGUGCGAAGAUAGGUGCACCUGAGCAACAGCAACAGCAGAAGCAGCAGCAGGCGCCCUCAAAAAAUUCUCGGAGGGAAAACACGGUUCACUCUGAAGCCUCCCACCAAGCAGCCGCUGCAGCAUCGUCGGAGCCGCUAGAGUCUGCAGACUGCAGAAUCUCAGAACCUGUGGACUCGUUAGGGGAGACUGAUGGAGUAGAUAAUGGGAGCAAAUCGGCGCCGGAAGGGCCCCUCUUUGAGCGGAUUGGCUUAUUGCCACAUCGGUCGUUCAAGUUUGGCGGAGUUGAGGGUCAGGUGGUGACCUCAGUGCUGCUUAGGAGGAUCUGA